CCUCACCUUAUUAAAAGCAGCCCUUCAUCAUGUUAAUGCAGUUUACUUGUGGAAAUUACACAAAGAUCGUAAAGCUUCUAUUCUGUAUACUAGCAUGGUGUCAAUCUGUAAAAACAUUAACAGAAUUUGCAAAUUUGGGUCAAAACGUGUCUAUCACCUGUAAUCUUUCUGAAAAAGAGUUUUAUUGGAUGCUGCUGAAACCACCAAAUCGUCCAGUUACGAUAUUGCGUUUAUUUUCAACUUCACCAACCCCGUUUUACACUGAUGUAAACUUGAUAUCUAAAUAUUCAGUCAAACAGAAGCACAGUCUGUUUAUAACUAAUGUCACUAGCGAAGAGUUGGGUGUUUAUUACUGCAUGACUACAGAUGCACCUCCAACAUUCAGCAACGGCACUAAACUUCAAAUCAAAGGACAAACUAAAUUACCAGAGUACCAGAGUCACACGGUAGUGACGUAUAUCGAGAGGAAUCAUUCUGUGGUUACCUAUACUGAGCAACUUCAGAGACCAUGUUCUAUUAUAAUCCUCCUAUCUGCUUUGACGAAUGCCGUCCUAGUCAUUGUUGUCGGUUGUGUCUGUUGCUACUCUGGAGAAAAUGUCAAAUGUCAAACGGCAGAUUUGGAGUUUACGCCUCUAGAACAACUUCAGGAGUCAAAGACAGUGUAUACCGAAGUGGUCUUUUCCUUGGUGUGUGAAGAGUUUGAACAAAAGAUAACCCAAAUAUCAAACACGAGAGCCUUUUCCUGA